GCAGCCCACUGAGGCCUGAGGGGGGGCAGCGCGGAGCAGGCCGCACCGGGAUGCCUACCGCCGGCGUCGCGGCCUGUCCUGCUCAGCCCGUCCCGCUGCACUGCUUCACUCGCCCGGCACAAAGCUCAGUUCCCCCCAUUGCCGCCCUGAUUUGGGCAGGAAUUGGUAUUUUUACCCCCAGCUCUUGAGCAGAGGGCACCGCAGCAGGCCCUGCCCCAUGGCGUGAGGAAGGGCAGCCGCAGUGCCGGACGUGAGCUGCUGCUGUGUGGAUGACUGCCUUGCAAAACUGAGAGAGCUGAACCACAGAGGCCAGCAAAUCAGUGGAACGAAACCUGAGCAAGUCAAAAUUGUGCUCCGCGGGCAAAGAGAGUUCACCUUAUAAGGGAACAUCAUGGGCAAGAAGAUGAAUAUGUCCGGCUGAGCUGCUGAGGGAGGAAUCAUUGCCAUCGGGAUUAACUGGGACUGUAACACGGACAGCUGGUUUUACGACUGCAGUCAAGAUACGGUUUCCAUCACCUUGAUAACAAAAAAAUAAAGCCUGGAUUCCACUGCAGAGCCACCUUGUGAAAUUCUGUGAUGCUGGCAGCUGCUGUACCAGCAAGUCCAAUGAGAACCAUGAUAAUGGAGAAUCUGAGCCAAUGUGCACCAGCAAGUCAAACCAUGAUAUUAACAAUGAAAAAUACGAGCUGGAGCAACCUUGCGGACAAGGGGCCUCUUCCCCAGACUGCCAAACAUGGUGCUGCUCUGGCAAAUGCCAACCAACAUACAGGUACCACAAGCAUCUCUGCUGUCAAAAGAAAUAAGGGCAAUGCAUCACAUCCUCCCAGCUGGUGCUGUCCAGUCACAGCCUGAAGAAAGGUCACAUCUUCUCUCCAAAGACCCCCUUCUGGACUUGAUGGAUGGCAAUAUUGACAACCAGCUGUGUCACUUCACUUCCAGGCAAUGAUCUGUAAGGCAGAACUGUUAUCCCAAGCUGCGGCAGAUGGAAAAUUAGAGAUACUUAUCUCAAAGCAGCCAACAAUUAUGUUGGUUUUAAGAUGGAAUGAGGAUGUAGCACAACUUGAACUCAUGCUGUGACUCACCUUGGACGUUUAACCUUUGUUUUCUUUGAUGGACCUUUUUUAAAAAAAAAAAGAAUAUAAGAAAGCAUGUGACUUCCCAAAAUGUUCUAUAGUACAGCUGAAUGCUGUCUUUGGAGAGGCACAAUUGCCAGCUGCUUAGCAUAGAGGAACAAAUACCUUGAGCUAAAGUGCUUGCUUCUGCCUUUGCUUCAUUUUGUGAGUCACUGCACGUAGUUUGGAAGUUUAGGCUCUGGAGUGAAUUCUUCAGGCUACAUUUUAGUGGGAGGUUCCAGGCCUCCUGCCUUUGCACUGGUGUGUACCAGAAUCCCAGCUAGAGCAGGAGAUGACCAGCACCAUGAAAACGAGAUGGAGCCAGGAGUCAUCUCCAAGCAUGACCCCUGAAGGAAGUCCAAGGAGAUAUCACUUGAAAAUGUGGUCCUGAGCACAUUUUCUCCCCAGCCUCAUCACCUUCCUGCAGUCCUGGAUCAAGAGACUCUAGAAAGAGGCCACUGAACACAUAGUUUCAUAACUCGCUGUUGAAGGCCUCAUAGUCCAUCCACAUUAAACAGGUUCAUUUUAGAUUUCAGUGACUCAGACAAAGUAUCUUUGAAAAUCCCAGCUGUUCUCUUUGUAUCACCUUUUAGCUUGAACUCAGGAACUACAAUGAAAAGUACUUUUAUCAUGUUCAUGUAAUAUUUUUGGGCAUUUCAUUCAUACUCAUUGAAGUUGUAAUGCUGGACUUUGGCUUCCUGGUCGCUCAUAGCUUCAGACCAGCCUUGCCUCCUACACCUCCUCCUACUGAACUUGGCACAGCACGAGUUUCUUUGAUGCAUUAGGCCAGAAUAUAGCCGAAGAGCAGCAAAUUCAGGGCAGAUUAAUCUCUGCUCCAACACCUUUUCAGUUCUUUUUGUCAUACUUGGACAUGUAUUUUUGUAGAAACAAGGCAGAUGCUCUGACCUUGCCCUGAUCUGGCUGCACGUCACGUCUCGGUGUGAGGAUGGCCCUUGUGUGAGGUUGUCUGUCCAGCUUUGUGAGCCUUAAUAGCCCAGCAGCAGACUCACAGCUGGGUCUUUUUGUGGGAGAAAGGCUACCAGGAAACAGACUCUGUGGUCAGUUCCGUAACCAUGAAGGUGAAAGGAGUAGCGCUGACGAACACAUCCGCCCUGGGAGCCAGGAUCUGGGAUGUGGCCGACUAUGUCAUCCCUCCUCAGGCAGAGAACGCUGUGUUUGUCGUGACCAACGCGAUACUGACACUGAAUCAGCGCCAAGGCUACUGCCCAGAUCUUCCAGACGAUACUACAGAGUGCAAGGUGAAUAAGGAUUGUGUCCCAGGGUAUGUCGACAUCCACAGCAGCGGCAUCCAGACUGGGGAGUGCGUAGCCUACAAUAACACCAUCAAGACCUGUGAAGUCUUUGCGUGGUGCCCUGUGGAGGAUGACAAUGUUGUACCCAGGCCAGCGUUACUGCAAGAAGCUGAGAACUUCACCAUUCUGGUGAAGAACAACAUUUACUAUCCCAAGUUCAACUUCAGCAAGCGAAACAUCCUCCCCAGUAUCAACUCCAGCUACCUCAAGAAGUGCAUCUAUGACUCCCAGACAGAUCCCUUCUGCCCUAUCUUUCGCUUGGGGCAAAUAGUUAAAGCUGCAGGGCAGAACUUCGAGGAGAUGGCCGUGAAGGGUGGAGUCAUGGCACUGCAGAUCAACUGGGACUGCAACCUUGACAGGUCCGCUUCCCUCUGUGUGCCGGAGUACUCCUUCCGACGCCUCGACAACACGAACCCUGCCCACACCGUCUCACUUGGCUACAACUUCAGGUUUGCGAAAUACUACAAGGAUCCUAAUGGCACUGAAUCACGGACCCUCAUCAAAGCUUACGGCAUCCGCUUUGAUGUCAUAGUGUUUGGAAAGGCAGGAAAAUUUGAUGUAAUUCCUACAAUGGUUAACAUUGGCUCUGGCUUAGCACUGUUUGGCGUGGCAACAGUGCUGUGUGACAUUUUUGUUCUGUAUUGCAUGAAGAAGAGAUACUACUAUCGAGAGAAGAAAUACAAAUAUGUGGAGGAUGAUGAACUGGAUCAGUGAACAGUCUUCGUUUUACACAGAUCCCGACUGGUAGAGGAGAGCUGCCUGAGCCCGUGCUGCUGCCUGCUUUGCCUCCUGAUCCUCUCAGCCAGUGCUGCUGCAACUACAGCUGCUGCUCCACCUUGGUUCUCCUGUCACCUUCUCUGUUGUGUUAAAACCCUAUCCCAGCUGAAAAUGAGUGGUCAGGGUGGGUUAGACUAGCGUGGCUAGUACUGACUGCUCAGAAGAAAUUGGAGUUUCUUGCAGAUGGGGUUUAGAGGUGGACUUGAGUGCUGGGUUAACGGUUGGCUGCAGUGAUCCAGCUGACACAAUCAUAUGAUUCUGUUGUUCCCUGACAUACCUCCCAUGCUGUUCACCCCCAGACCCUGUCUCUGGGCUGCUCCACUUAAUGGUUUUACAAAAUUUAAGUGAAUUUGUUGGCUUUUCACAUGACUGUGAGCAUCUUUGCUGAUCACACUGGCACACAAGGUACAGCUCUUCCUGUUCUCUGAACCUUUUCUAGUGUUACAGAGUGCUGGCAUCUAUUCUGUACCACCAGCAUCCUGCCUGGGGCUUUGCUACCUUUUUGCCAGCUUUUUGUGGCUUUUUUUCUUUUGUGGCUUUGCUACAGUACUAACAUUUUUAUUUCCCUGCUGCUGAGUGUCACUACUUGGUGCCUUUCCAACAGUCAGCGCUGCGGUCUGUGCACAGGAAUGGCUCGGUUUGGAUUACUCAGUGGCUUGAGCCACUGUGGGCUCAACUUUGCCCAAAAUCCCUGGUUGUGGUUGAGCACCAGACGUCACUAACACAGGAAGGUGCUUUCAGAUUCCUUUUCCAACAAGCAAACACUCACAGCUUGAUAAAGACCAGUCAAACAGGAUAAUGGUUCCAGUGGAUUGACUAACUCUGGGUUUGGUUGCAUGUCAUUUAUUUCAACUUGUACAGAGAAGCUUGAACAGUUGUGUGGAAAAACACUUGGUUGGUUGUUGGGUUUUUUUUCUUAUGUAAUAUAAUUUAAAAGUGCUAAAUACACAGUAUUUAAACUUGA